AUGGAUAUGUCAGACAAUAAAACAUGCAACAAGGAGAGCCAAGGAAAACAUCCCCGGUAUUUCAGCCAAUGGCUUUUUAUAGACUGGGGGUGGAUUCCUCGCUCCCUGCCGAAACACCAACCCAUUUUUUUUUACGCUAUUGUCUUACCUGUGAUAUUAAAUCCGUUUGCCUGCUUUUUCGUCAAACCUCCAGAUUUUUUCCUCUUCUGCCCACUUGUGCGUCUCCUUACAAACCUCCGCCCACCACCCCCGACAUCUGAAGCAGCAUACUCCACCGAAAUGUCGACCACCACAUCAUCUGUCAGCGCAACUAGCACAGCCUGUGGCAGCGGCGUCUGGCAAAUUCCUACCACGGAUGCUGCCUGCGCAGCGAAGAUUCGUGGCAAUGUCACCGACGUGAUGGACCAGUGCUGUGGGGACGCAUCAACCCACAAAUAUGAAAACGACUGCGGAAUUUACUGCCUCGCCCAAGGUCAAGACAUCAAAAAGCUCCAAAACUGCAUCACCAGCAAGAGCGGAAACUUCAACGACGUCUUCUGUAACGCCGCCCUCAAUGCUACAGCCACUGCAACUAGCACCAAAUCUACUUCAACCGGUACCAGCACCAGCAGCACCGGUACCUCAACCUCAACUGGCAAUGCCGCUGUUGCGAACCAGCCCGUCUCCAAGUCUGGCCUUGGUAUGAUUGCGCUCCUCUUUGGCUCCGCUUUUAUGGCCGUCCUCUCUUGA